AUGGCAUUUAAAUUCAAUUUCAAAGUUCAACAAACAGAAGAAGAAGAAGGAGAUGAUGAUAAUCAAGAUAUACAAUCACAAAAUGAUAAUAUAGAUAAUAACAAUGAUAUUGAAAAGAUAAAUGAAAAUGAAGCAAAGUAUAUAGAAUUUAAUCAAAAUGAUAUAAAGCAAUUGUUAAAGCAACAAACAUUUCAAAUAGAUACGAUUCAAUUCAAAGAUGGUAUUGAAUUAAAGAAAUUGAGUAAACCUACUACUACAACCGACACUUUAAACAAUGUAUUGACAGAAAACAAAACAGACCUCAUUCCUGGUGUCUAUGAAGGAGGUUUCAAACUAUGGGAAUGUGCAAUCGAUCUAAUCAACUAUAUCAUUGAACAAUCAAUCCCUCUACAAGGUUUAAAGGUUUUGGAAAUUGGUUGUGGUCAUGGUCUUCCCGCUCUCUUUUGUAGAUUAAAUAAUUCAAUUGUUACUUGUCAAGAUUAUAAUGAAGAAGUAAUUAAAACAUUGACACAACCAAAUACUAUUUUAAAUGAUAUCCAAAACAAUGUAACAUUUAUUUCGGGUGAUUGGAAACAUGUAAAUCAAUUAUUGGGUAAAGAGAAAUUUGAUCUAAUUUUAACCUCUGACACUAUAUAUAGUGUUCAGUCAUUCCAGAAACUACACGAUCUAAUUGUUGACCAUUUGACUGACGACGGUCUAUGUUUGGUGGCUGCCAAAACCUUUUACUUUGGCGUUGGAGGUAGUACUCAUCAAUUCAAAAACUUGGUAGACAAGAAUUUAAAACUAAAGGUAAUUAUAAAUUAUUAUAUAUUCCGUUCAACAAAUAGUUUUUCAACAAAUAGUAACAGCUACAUUAGUAUAUCCAAUAUUCACUAUUCUCACAAGAAGCAACUGAGAAUGAAAACCAUUAUUCUUUCCAUUGUUUUGGCCUUGUUGUCAUUACUUUACUUUCCAGUUUCCCAACAACAAUCUCCUACAUAUCAACCACGUACUCCUUUACAAGUAGCUCAAAUUCUUGGUGGUGCAGUAACAUUCCAAACUAUAUCAUAUGAUCCAUCUGAUCUUGAACAUCCAGUAAAUUAUACCGAAUUUAAUCGUUUUAUUAGUUAUCUUGAACAAAGUUUCCCAUUGGUUCAUCAACAUUUGAACAAAACCAUUGUUGGUGGUUACAGUUUGGUCUUUGAAUGGAAGGGUAGCAACACUGCUUUGAAGCCACUUUUCCUCAACUCUCACUAUGAUGUUGUGCCAGUGACUGCUGCUGGAUGGGGAUUCCCACCCUUUGGCGGUGCUAUUGCCAACGGACGUGUUUAUGGUCGUGGUGCUAUCGACAAUAAGCUCCUGGUCGUUUCUAUUCUUGAAGCCGUCGAAUCGUUGCUCGGUCGUGGUAACUUCCAACCAAAGCGUACCAUCUAUGUUUGUAUUGGCCACGACGAAGAAAUCGGUGGUUACAAUGGUCAUCUCAAGAUCUCUAGAAUGUUCCAAGCUGCCGGUGUCCAAGCCGAAGCUGUUCUCGACGAAGGUUUCCCCAUCCUCAACACUAGUUUCCUCCAAUCCACCCCAGCUCCACUCCCAGCCCGUCCAACUGCCAUCAUCGGUGUCUUUGAAAAGGGAUAUGUCUACUAUAAUCUCACUGCCAAGGCUGCCGGUGGUCACUCGAGUAUGCCACCCGUUGAAUCGGCCAUUGGCAUCAUGGCACAAGCCACUCUCAACAUUGAACGUAACCCAUUCACCCCUAUCCCCAAUCCAAAGGACACCAACUACUUUUUGCGUCAAUUCACCGACGAGCAAAUUGCAUCCAUUCCAUUCCUCAAGUACCAAGAUCGUACCACUACCGCCAUCACCAUGAUCAGAGGUGGUAUCAAGCCAAAUGUCAUUCCAACCGACGUAACUCUCUGGAUCAACCAUCGUGUAGUCCCAGGUGACAACACCUCCUACGUCAUUGAACGUGUCAACCAAUUGAUCAACGACUCUAGAGUUGUCAUGACCAUCGAUGCCGUUCUCCCACCAUCACCAGUAUCUUGCAUCAACUGCACUCAAUUCAAGAAUAUCCGUAAGGCUCUCUCCAAGGCCUAUCCCGACAUUGAUAUUGUCCCAGGUCUCAUGGUUGCCAACACUGAUACCCGUUGGUACUGGAACGUCACCAGCAACCUCUACCGUCUCACCCCAUCACUUGCCAGCGCUGCCGAUUACGCCACCAUCCACGGUUUCAACGAAUCAGUCCCAAUCGACUCGAUUGCCAAAGGUGUCAAAUUCUACAAGCGUGUCAUUAAAAUCUUUGACAAGACUAAAAACAACAAGCAAGUUAUCAAUGGAAUGGUUGACGAUGAUUCUGAUCUUGAACUUGACUUGAGUCUUGAUCUUGAUGACCUCUUAUAA